AUGUUUGAGGUGAGGCAGCUGCAGGAGUUGCUUGCCAAGCAGGAGAGAGAGAACCUGCAUCUGCAGAAAGAGAGGGAACUGAUGGAGAGAGAGAUGAAUGUCUGUAAGGAGAAGCUGGAGUCCAAGCUUAGUGCUGUCGCUCUGAAGCAGCAGCGAACUGAAGAGGAAAACUCUCGACUGGUCUUGCAGACCAAGAAGAGAGACCAGCAGGUGGAGAAGCUAGAGGGGUCGCUGUGUUCUAUGGACUCAGAGGUGGAGCAGCUUCGCACUCAGCUCCACGCUGUCAUUCAGGAGAAGGACCAUCACGCCCAGGAAGUGGCCAGCCAACAGAGGAACUUACAGGAAGCCCAGGAAAAGGUUGAGGAAUUGGAGGCCAACAUGAGGAGGCUGAACAGGGAGAAGGAGGCACAGAGCAGCGCUGCCCUGCAGGAGGACCGUCAUAACCUUCACCUGCAGAGCCAUGAGCUCCUACAGAAGAUGUCUGAGAUGGAGAAUCUGAACCAGCAGAUGGAGAACCUGACAACCAAACAGUACCAAAUGGAGACAGACAGAAACCGGCUGGAGGAACAGGCUCAGAAAGCGGAAUCGGCGCUGAAACUGGUCCAGGCCCGGCACAGCCGUGUGCUAGAAGAGGUCAGGGAGCAGGCAGUGGUCGGGUCCAGGGAGCAGCGGGAGGUCCUGCUGGCACGGCUUGAGGAGGAGCAGAAGAGGAGCCGACAGCUGGAGGAAAACCUGCAGCUCCAAACCCAGACGGCUGGCACACAACUGAGCCUGCAGCAGGAGCAAUAUGAGAAGGUGCUGGUCAGUUUGCAGCACAGGGUGGAAGAGGUAGAGACUAAACUGCAGGCUGUCCGUCUGGUGCUGCAGGAGAAAAUCCAACAACUCAAAGAACAGCUUUCUAAAAACACCAAGUCCAACAUGUUGGUGAAGGAGCUCUAUAUGGAGAACUCACAGCUGGUGAAGGCACUGCAGGUCACUGAGCAGCGGCAGAAAACGGCAGAGAAAAAGAACUUGCAGCUGGAGGAGAAGAUCAUGGCCCUCAACAAACUGCUGCGGGAGAUUGUCCCCACAUCGCUCGUCACGUAGACAUCCUGUUUCACAAAUUCACCUGAAAAACACCGAGUGACCUCUAACCUUUCUCUUGUCCUGUGGAUGCCAUCACAUCAUGGAAGGAUAGAUGGAUGGAUGGAUGGAUGAUGGUUAUACUCUGAAAGAUGAACUGGGACACAGGUGUCAGUCUGGAAUUUGACAGAUCCUCAUCUGUUUUAAAGAUUAAACCAGUUGUGAAAUCCAAACAGUUGAAGGUUAAUUCUGAGGUUUAUUAGACUGAAAAUGGCCGAAAAAUACUUUUGUUAUGAAUGUUUUGUUGAACAAGCUUCAAGAAAACUCAAAAGGCAAUCCACUUUAUUCUGAAAUUGAUGCAAAGAUCUGGUCACACAGAAAUCUGCAUGUAAAUGAAGGCAACUGGCUCACAGAUUUUAGCCAUGAAGGUGUUAACUCUUACUUUUGAUUUUAUGUGAAUAAAAUGUUUAUUUUUCGUAUUUUUCAGAUGAAGACAUUUUAUUUUAAUGAAGGUGAAAUUUGUCUUUAUUGCACUCAGUGCAGAUAAACACAACAGAUGCUGCUUCCUCUUCUGUUUGGUUUUUGUAAUUCAGCUUCCUUUAAAGGGGAAUGCCGCCCAAACUUACAUUCACAUUCUGAAAUUUUCUAUAAAAAUAUUUUUUUCUGUCUCAUGACUAAUGACCUCUGAAGAACAAUGUCACCACAUCAAAUUGAAAUUGAAGAAAAUUUUACUUUGGUUUUGAUGCGUCAAACCUCAAAUUUGACCCAUUUGAUAAAACAGGAAUUGUUUUCUACCAGAAAUUCCAGUGACCAUUCAUCUGAGAAUCCAUCUGUCAUAAAU